CAGUCUCGAGUAUAAAAGGGCCCCCGUCUUGCGCCCCCGCCUUGCACGCAUCCUCAUUACCGUUUUCUUAUCGCUCUGCUGCUUAUACUUGCCUAUAUUACUGUUUGAAUAGAGUCCUUGUCGUUUCUGCCAAGUUCUUGUUUUUUGCUUGUCCUAUAGUUUUUGUUUGCCCCCGUACAUAGAUACAUACCCUUGCUUAACACCGUCCAAAAAAGCGUCGUUCACCAUGCGCGUGCGUCUCGCCAGCCUUGCCGCCUUUUUUGUGGCCUCGACCGUAGUAGUGGCCAACCCGGUGCCUGUCGACAACCUGGUCGGUGCUGCUGUGCCUGAACAGUACAUUGUUGUGUUCAAGGAGGGAAUCAAUGAGCAGGCUCUCUCUUCCCACUGGAACUGGCUUCAGACCACGAUUACUCCCGGUCCGCAGCUCUCUGUUCAACAAGUGUCUGAUUCCGGCGUGACGCUCUCGCUGGGCAGUUCUAUUGGCAUAUACGGUGUUAAGCAUCAGUACGACUUUGGAAACUUCAAAGGAUAUUCUGCGAGAUUGCCUGCAGACGUUGCCAAGGCUCUAUCGGAUGAUCCGAAUGUGGCGUACGUGGAAGAGGACAAGAUUGUUAGUAUUCUUGGAUCACAGAAGAACCCGCCAUCAUGGGGAUUGCAGCGUAUUGACACACGAAAGCUACCCCUCACAAAGACGUACGAGUAUCCCGACUCUGCUGGAGAGGGUGUUGACGCUUACGUCAUUGACACUGGCAUCUUCAUCGACCACCCAGAGUUUGAGGGCCGUGCUCGCGUUGGAAAGAGCUUCACCACUGACGGCGAAGCCGAUGGAAAUGGCCACGGUACCCACGUAGCCGGGACAAUUGGAUCAAAGACGUAUGGAGUUGCAAAGAAGGUUAACCUGAUUGCUGUCAAGGUGUUGGAUGCGCGUGGAUCAGGAACGACGUCAGACGUCAUUGCCGGUAUUGAGUAUGUUGCACAGACUGCGCCUAGUUCUGGACGCAAGUCGGUAGCCAACAUGUCAUUGGGCGGCGGUGCAUCAACCACUUUGGAUCGUGCCGUGCAGGCCGCUAUCCGGGCCGGCGUUGUUUUUGCCAUUGCCGCGGGUAACUCUGGUCGCGACGCAUGUUUGUUGUCACCUGCUCGGGUCCCUGAAGCCAUCACUGUUGCUGCAUCUGAUAACACCGACCGUCUCGCCUCCUUCUCUGAGAAGGGCACUUGCGUUGAUAUCAUUGCGCCUGGUGUUGACAUUACAUCCACGUGGAACAAUGGGCGUACCAACACCAUCUCGGGAACCUCCAUGGCCACCCCACACGUUGCUGGUGUUGUUGCCUUGGCUCUUGCUGAGGGCAACUUUUCCAGCCCGGCGGAGGUUGAGACAUAUUUGAAGGUCGUCGCCUCCAAGGACAAGAUUUCUGGCAACCUUGCUAGAACACCCAACAACUUCCUCUACAAUGGCGUUACUGGUGGCAAAGUCCCUGACGAUGAGCCUGCAGAACCUGCCCCCUUGCCUCCAAACGACCCUGAGCCAGACCCAGGAGAAGGUGUCUGCCCCUUCCCCCAGUGUCUCUUUGACCCUGCUUGCACCGAAUGUUGCAUUGACUGCUUGUGGAAUGGCAAGAGCAAGCAUGCUUGAGGAGAAUGGAUAUAUGUUUGAUGGGACUGUGUAUUCUUAGUGAUUUGACGUGUGUGUUAUGCAAUGACCUCCAAAAGGGAUUGAUUAAAGAUACAAGGCCUCGUUUUUCUGACUUGUGACAAAGUGCA